AUGGCCCAAUCGGAAAACGCAAAUCUGCAAGUGGAAAUUCGCACGUUGCGGCUUAAUUAUGACGUCAUCAAGGAGGACAACGUUGAGCUGCAGAAACAGUGCAAUCAGUGGGAAACGAGCAAUUCGCUCCUUCGCAAAAGUUACGAGGAAAUGCAAAGGCAGCACCACUCGUUACUGAAGGAUCACGAACAACUGCAGAACCUGCAUGAGAUGCUGAACGUCGAUUUCGAGAAGUUAUCAUCAGAAACAGCUCUGUUGAAGGCGGAGUUGCGUAGCACGAGACAUGAGUGCAGUUCGAGGUUCCAGAAGCUGAGGAACGAGGAGCACAGCGCCUCGGAUAUGGCCAAGCGUUGGGAGCAGGGCCAAAACGACAAGGCGAGGGACAUGAAGAUGUUUGCAGUUUUGCAGAACGAGCACAGUUCGCUGCGCAAAGCGCACGACAACAUGAAACUGUUGUACGAGAUGACCACCCGCGAACUGGAGAAAUUGCGUGCAGAGUACCGUGCCCUCAAGUCUGAUUUUAACUUGGCCAACCUGAAGGUAACACAGGUCCGCGGCGAGCUGAGCGACUGUCAGGAUUGCGUUCGACAGCGCGAAUUAGAAUUGACCAAGUUCGAGCACAGAUGUGAGAUGCUGGUGCAGGUAAACCGUACGCUAGAAGACGAAGGCAAGACGCUGCUGAAGCAAAUCGACACGCUGAUCGCUCAAAAUCAAGACUUGCUCAACCAGUCGCUGGCCGACAAGGACCAGUAUCACGCGGAGGAACGACAGCUACAGGAACGUCUGAACGACAUGAAGCGACACAAGGAGAAACUGGAAGAAAAAAUCAUGGAGCACUAUAAAGCUAUGGAUUCGCCGACCAAGAAGAAGGAUAAAUCUACGCUGGUCAAGCGAGUAAAGGCGUUUAUACCUCGGACCUCUUCAAGCAAGUCGCGCUCAAAGUCACACGACAGCUCGUCACCUGAAGACAGUGCAUUAUCAGCCGAAGAAGUGAAUGGCUUUCGUGACGACAGUUCGCACGGUAAAUAUGCUACUUUGCCUCUUUCGUCCGUUAGCCGUAACAAGGUGUUACCCUUGCUUAAAGUCUCUUCCACCAACGACCUGUCCAACGAGACUAGACGUAGCGCGGUGGGUGAUCACACGCAUUUACCUAUACCGCUGCUCGGUCUGUCAUCCGACGGCCUACCCCCCAUUAUGUUGUCUUGUGCCCCCAGUCAUAGCGGAAGACGUAGUAGGUCGAUUUUCAAUCUGUUCUCUAUGUUGUCUGGCCGCAAGUCCCGGAACGCUCUCGAGGAGCCUAGGGACAAUGGCAGCUUCGGCUUCCUCAUCAGACGCUCACUCUCACACUUGUCUUUGAAAAAAACUCGACCGAAUGUUCCCGGAAGCAUCGUUGAAAUGCCGUUGUUUCGUGCAGCGGGCUCCGCAAUGCCGACGACUUCCGAAGCAGAUACGUUGACCGCCGAUACAUUCAGUCAUUACGUUGUCAGUCAGAGUUACCGGAAAGUUCGUAGCAGCUCUGUUCAAGACGAUUCGCAUCACGUUCGUUCCCGCUCCAUAGCAUCACGUGUGGUCAACUCGAUGACCAGCAGCGUGAACGGCAUCAACAUGGUCGACCAUAUCAGCCUGGCUGGAUCCGAACGAGCUGUCGAUGUGCCAAACGACCCUUACUUGCCUGACAGACAAUGUAGUGCCCAAGGAGGUCGCUCUCCACCGCCAUACAUGCCUCGCAACCGAUCUUUGGCACGCUCUUGUAUGUACACGAAGGCCGAUGCGAUAAAGCUGAGACGCAACCUGGCGGCGUGCUCGUCGUUUUCUAAUCGACUACCCCCGUAUCCCGUCUUCCCGACCAAUCUAGAACGUUUCCGACCAGACCUGGCCGAAAACGAGUUGCAUCACGGUGAAGAACUUGACACUUGUUCGUCGAUGGACUACGAGAGCAAGACCUCCAACCAUAGUCCCGUGACAUUCAAACCGCAGCAGGCGUCGACGCCAAAGUCUGACGAGAGCUUCACCUCCAGUUCGGUUGUACUUCAUCCGGGCAACAAUUCGCUGGUCAGUUCGUCGGCCACUUCAUCCCGGUCGUCGGCGGCCACCGCCGCCGCUGCGACGCGGGUGGCCAGCCAGGAAGCCGACCCAGAGGUAGGGGCGAAGGCGGACACGGCAUCCGCCGUUUCCCUCAGGCCAUCGAGUUUCGCUAGACGACGUAGUUCUGUGCCGAGUUAUUAUGAGAAUCUUCAUUCCGUUGACACCCAGCCCAUCGCCGACUUUUCUCCCGAGGAUACGUUGACCGAAGUGUUACGCGAAUGCGAGCAUAACAAAGAAAACACGAUCUGGUAUGAGUACGGCUGUGUAUAG